CGUCUGUACGCUGACUAGAAUGGACCAAGAUACAAAGCCUAGCGAUGAUUCCGUUACCGCUCCGGACUCCCAAACUAACAAUCCAACCGAUCUGGUAUCAACCUCUGAUGCGCUAGCUCAGCCUACUUCUCAGCCAGAUUCAGCCACCGCGGAACUCGAGAACAACAAUUCAGAGACAAGAAAAGAUACUACACCUUCACUGGAAGAAGGUGGUGACGUGAAGCCAGUUGACUUGUCUACUUUGGGCGAAUUCGUUUACUACCGACCCUCGCAACCUCGCGUGGCGAAAUUUGAAGACCUACCACCAGAUUUUCUCGAGCCGACAGCGGACGAUCUCAAGUCCGCACAAGCUUUACUCGCCUCCCGCUCCAGGUCAUAUCAAGAUGCUCCUCUGCUCACCGAAAAUCUACGAAAUAGACGAGACGAAGAACUUCUACAAAAAAGGCCUACGGCAACUAUCCGGAUACGGUUUGCGGAUCGAUCGAUGCUUGAGAAGACGUUCCCUUCCACAUCACAAAUAAAGCCCGUUUAUGCGUUUGUGAGAGGGUGCUUACGUGGGGACGCCAAAGCAUAUAAGUUCGUCCUGUUUGAACCUCCUCGAAGGGACCUUAAGGUCUCGGAUCCGAAGGUGAAGGAGAAGACUUUAUUAGAAUUAAAUUUGGCACCUCGGAGUAUGUUGCACUUUCGCUUUCUCGAGGAUGAUAUAAAACUCGAUCAAUCAAACGGACCACCCCCAUUACUACCCGAAAUCCUUACUCGAGCCACCGAUCUACCAGGGGCAGUAUCUGAAGACACUCGAGCUUCGACCGCCGGUUCCUCAGAAACCUCGACCCCCAGCAAUGCUAAGCUGACUGAGCCUAUGAGUAAAGACAAGAAAAUCGCCAGGCUGUUAAAGUUUGCUAGUACGUUCGAUCAUUUCCAUUGA